AUGCGGCUGGGUUUCCAGAGGAUGCUUUACUCACCCCUGAUGAGGCGGUCACUGGGGGCGCUGAACCACCUGGGGGCUGCUGCUGGCUAUCUCUUUCUCAACACGACCUCUCCGUUAGUGACUUGGACUUAUCAAAUCAUGGAGAACCCACUUGGUCUUCCGUCCAGACCUCAGUUUCGGGGGCCACUUUUCCUGUGUCCGUUCCAUAUUCAGGGCGGCUGGUCGGCGGCAGCUCUGCGACCCCCAGACCACCGCCCGGCGAGCCGGCCACCGCCCGCCCUCCGCUCCGGACGGGGACGGGGACGGCCGCAGCCCCGCGGGUCUCCGCCGCCGCGUCCGGGGACCCAGCUGCCGAGCGGCCGCCCUCCGCCGCCCAGGGCCCCUCCGUCUCGGCCCCGGGACCCCGGCUACCCGCCGGCCCGGCCCCGGCCCCCGUCGGAGGAGAGCGUGGAGGCAGCGGCCGAGCUGAGCGCCCGGGACCUGGAGGAGAAGGAGGAGAAGGCGGAGGAGAAGGCGAGCCGGAGAGAGCGGGAGACAGCGGUGGUGGAGGAGGAGGAGGAGGAGGAGAACGGAGCUGAGGAGGAAGAAGAAGGAACUGCCGAGGAUGAAGGGGAGGAAGAAGAUGAGGAAGAAGAAGAUGACGAAGGGCCCGCGCUGAAGAGAGCUGCUGGAGAGGAGGAUGAAGCGGAGCCCAAGCGGCAGAAGACAGAAAACGGGGCAUCGGCGUGAGCCCCCUGCCGACGGGCUGCGGGUGGGAGGCCCCUCAGGGCCUGGAGGUGGGGCUGGGAACAGGCAAGUGCAGCCACUCGUCACCUGGCUCCUGCCCUGGGCCCAAGCCAGCGGUGCCACCCUCUUCUUCCUGCCCAGCCUUCUCAUCCGCGCCCUCCACCCUCCCUCCGCCGCGGUCCACCUCCCGACCUGCUCCAUCUGCCCCCCGGCUGGCCCCUGUUGCUCCUUCCUCUCCUUUGCUCUCUUCCUCCCUCCCCCACCGGUCCCACCCCUGCUCCCCCCAACCUCUGCAUCCCCCAGCCCCACGCCCUGCCCCAUCCUCUCCGGCCUGACCCGGGUCUCCCUCAGACCCCUCCUCUCAGAUAGCGCCAGGCCGGGGUAGGGCCGGGGUUGGGGCCGAGGCCCACAGCUGCCCCCCUCCCCUCCCCUUUUUGUAUAAUUUAAUAAAGAAACGGUCGCUCU